GGCCUCAGCUGUCCCCAACUAGCCAGCUCUCCGCGCCGCGCAGUGGCAGCUCAACUCCGGCUAGCGUGGAGAUCUGCAGGACCCUCCCUUCAACCCCACUUCUGGGGUCACUGCUCAAAUGGAAAUACUAUGGAAUGAGGUCAGUUCCACCUCUCUCUUCCCCUUCCAGACUCUGGCAGGUCAGGUUCAGAUGGGCUUUGUCAGGAGGCCCCACUGCCCGCUCCUUCCUUAACUGAGGGCUGAUGCCUGAAAACUCUCAGGAGAAGAACCAGGCCUACCCCCGCAGCCGCCGCCCUGGGAGCCACACAGGCCGUAAAAGCCCCAAGGCCCUCUCAGCCACAGCCAUGUACGCCUUCCUGCCUGACAACUUCACACCUGUCAAGCCCAAGCCAUCCAAAGAGCUGAAGCCGCUGCUGGGCUCCACGGUGCUAGGGCUGCUGCUAGUGUUGGCGGCAGUUGUGGCCUGGUGCUACUAUAGCGCCUCUCUACGCAAGGCAGAACGUCUGCGGGCCGAGUUGCUGGACCUCAACCUUGGCGGCUUCUCCAUCCGCAACCAGAAGGGCGAGCAGGUUUUCCGCCUGGCCUUCCGCUCUGGCGCGCUAGACCUCGACUCUUGUAGCCGCGACGGCGCCCUUCUGGGCUGCUCUCGCACAGCCGAUGGCCGUCCGCUGCACUUCUUCAUCCAGACUGUGCGGCCCAAGGACACAGUCAUGUGCUACCGUGUGCGCUGGGAGGAGGCGGCACCGGGGCGCGCUGUGGAGCAUGCCAUGUUCCUGGGAGACGCAGCGGCGCACUGGUACGGUGGCGCUGAGAUGAGGACCCAGCACUGGCCAAUCCGCCUUGAAGGCCAGCAGGAGCCACAGCCUUUCGUCACCAGCGACGUCUACUCCUCUGACUCGGCUUUCGGAGGCAUCCUAGAGCGCUACUGGCUGUCCUCACGUGCCGCUGCCAUCAAGGUCAAUGACUCAGUACCCUUUCACCUGGGCUGGAACAGCACGGAGCGCUCACUGCGGCUGCAGGCGCGCUACCACGACACUCCCUAUAAGCCACCAGCUGGCCGUGCUGCUGUGCCAGAGCUCAGCUACCGCGUGUGCGUUGGCUCAGAUGUCACCUCCAUACACAAGUACAUGGUGCGGCGCUAUUUCAACAAGCCAUCGAGAGUGCCAGCUCCCGAGACCUUCCGAGACCCCAUCUGGUCCACAUGGGUGCUGUACGGGCGCGCGGUGGACCAGGAAAAGGUACAGCGUUUUGCCCAGCAGAUUCGCCAGCACCGCUUCAACAGCAGCCACUUGGAAAUCGACGACAUGUAUACACCUGCUUAUGGUGACUUCGACUUCGAUGAGGCCAAGUUCCCCAAUGCUAGUGACAUGUUCCGUCGCCUGCGUAACGCUGGAUUUCAGGUCACUCUCUGGGUGCACCCAUUUGUCAACUACAAUUCAUCAUCCUUUGGCGAGGGUGUGGAGCGCGAGCUGUUCGUGCGUGAACCCACUGGCCGGCUGCCCGCGCUAGUGCGCUGGUGGAAUGGUAUUGGAGCGGUGCUCGACUUCACGCAUCCCGAAGCCCGUGACUGGUUCCAGGGGCACCUGCGGAGGCUGCGCUCGCGCUAUGCAGUGGCCUCCUUCAAGUUCGAUGCCGGUGAGGUCAGCUAUUUGCCACCGGACUUCAGCACCUACAGGCCCCUGCCAGACCCCAGCAUAUGGAGCAGGCGCUACACCGAGAUGGCGCUGCCCUUCUUCUCGCUGGCAGAGGUCCGUGUGGGCUACCAGUCACAGAACAUCUCAUGUUUCUUCCGCCUGGUGGACCGCGACUCGGUGUGGGGCUACGAUCUGGGGCUGCGUUCGCUCAUCCCUGCAGUGCUCACCGUCAGCAUGCUGGGUUACCCGUUCAUCCUGCCAGAUAUGGUAGGUGGCAACGUAGUGCCUGAGCGCAUAGCAGGCGGCGGUGAUGUGCCCGAACGCGAACUCUACGUGCGCUGGCUGGAGGUGGCCGCCUUCAUGCCCGCUAUGCAGUUCUCAAUCCCGCCCUGGCAAUAUGACUCUGAAGUGGUGGCCAUUGCGCACAAGUUCGCUGCACUGAGGGCCUCGCUAGUGGCACCGCUAUUGCUUGAGCUGGCUGGUGAGGUCACUGACACUGGUGACCCCAUCGUGCGCCCCCUCUGGUGGAUCGCACCAGGCGAUGAGACUGCGCACCGCAUCGACUCUCAGUUCCUUAUUGGGGACACACUGCUGGUGGCUCCGGUACUGGAGCCUGGCAAGCAAGAACGCGACGUCUACCUGCCCGCGGGCAAGUGGCGCAGCUAUAAGGGUGAGCUUUUCGACAAGACGCCAGUUCUGCUCACCGAUUACCCUGUCGACUUAGAUGAGGUGGCCUACUUUAUCUGGGCAUCUUGAACCAGACCAGGACCCAGGAACCCCACAGCCCCAAUCCCAGUCUUCAUGCAGGCCUUUAACCCUGAAUCAUAGUCACAUCGUGUAUCCCCAGAAAGUACUUACCUCUGUACCACCCAGUAAGUGAGUGCUGACAUAUAUGUGCUCAACCCAGCUCCUGUAAGGCCAGGGGAGAGUCACUGAAGCAACCUCCCACUCCAAGGCACAAUCCUAACAGCCCCCUUUCUCUCUACACUCACUCCAAUCUGAAGAAACCUGGGAAGGAGAAGUGAGUGAGCUCAGAGGAAAAAAGUCAGUGCUCUUCCUGUUAUAUGUGGUUGAUUUUUAAAAGCACAAAGAGAAACCUCACCUGCCAUCCUGGCCUGAGUGGCCAUUUUUGUCCUUCUGAAGUGGGGACUUGAUCCCCUUUAAGGUCUCAAAAUAGCCCCCUGCCACACUUAGAAAGGGCACAUUCUUGGAGCUGGAAGCCAGGCCCUGAGUUCCCAGCACUGGCCUGAACUGUGACUAACCUGGUCCCACCCCAGCUGGCAAGGAUGGAUGGGGAUACUUGGCCAACUGACAAGGAGGCAAGAGGUCCCAUAAGAUAGGAGAACUGGGCUCAGCACAAAGCCAUCAUCAUUGUCCCCCAUCUGUGAAGACUCCUAACACUGCACUAAUUCUUCUGUAUACUCACAUGGGCUCAACCCUGGGGCAAGGCCACUGCCUGAUGGGCAAAGACUUGCAAGGCCAUGCAGGCUAAACUUGGUGCCUUAACUCAAGAACGUGUGUGUGUGUGUGUGUGUGUGUGUGUGUGUGUCUUUGUGAAGGAGAGAGAGAAAGAGGCACCCUGUGUCCCUGGAUCUACUGAAUGAACAUAGCACCCCUGGGGCUAGAUGAGCUUGGAGGGAGGGGGCUGGGAACAAAUUUGAGGCUUUGCUUGUUAAAUUGCCCUCCUCCCAAGUGAUGUCUCCCGGAUUCUGGUAGGAAAUAAACAGCCCUUUCAAGAUUCCUCUGCUGCCUCACUCCCUGCACACAUGGCAGGGGUGUGGCCUAAAAAGGAGUAAUGUUCUUAUUCUUGUGGUGGUGUGCUUGAGCAUCUGAACUACAUGCACACAUCCGCCAUUUCCCUUUCUAAGAACAGUCUCAGCCAGAGUGAGUUUUUCCUGACUUUGCAGCUGAAUCUGGGAAAGGCGUGGCUUGCCAGAGGGGAUAGGUGGGAAACAGGGAAGGGCUUAGCUUCUCUCAACAGCUUAGACAACAGAACUCACAGCCUAAGGAAUGCAUCCCUUUGCCUACCCCUCCAUCCUAUUUUCUCAGUAUGAAGAAUGCCUAAUGAAAGUUUAAGGACACUUCCAGACGCCCAUCUCCAAUGUUGAUUCUACUACUCAUCUACAAGCUGUGUGACCCUGAGCAAGCUGCUUAAACUUGCUGAGCCUCAGUUUCCUUAUAUGUAAAAUGGUGAUAAUAAUGCCUACCUACCUCCCAGAUUGUUUUGGGAAUUUUAAGCACAGAUGUAUGUAAAGUAAGUGCCUGGCACGAGUAGGUGCUCAAUAAAAGGUAGCUAUUAUAAUA